AUGAAAUACUCUGCACUCUUGCUUUGGUCAUUCGUGCCAACGUUGAUUGCAGCAUUGCCUCACAACCACCAUUUCCACAAGAGAGAAGCUCAUGCCGCUCCAGAGGUGGUCACCGUGUUGGUCACUCAGGUUGUUACUAUGGCUGGUCCAGGUUCCAGUGACCCAACCACUUUGCAGACUUCGUUUGUGAGCAGUGCUACCGAGCCUGCUGCUUUGCCCUCAUCUGUGGUUUCCUCGAAAGGAGCUUCAGCAAAGUCUUCAGCAAAGUCUGCGACCAAGGCGUCCGCAAAAUCUUCUGGCUCUCCCUAUUCUUCGUCCAUCCACUCCUCUGCUUCCUCCUCUUCUGCAGUUGCCUCGUCGACUGCAACCUCCGAGGUAUCAAGUUACGCAGAAAAGUCCAAGGGUAUUGCCUACUCGCCAUAUACCGACUCCGGAUCGUGCAAGUCCUCGGACGUGAUCCAAUCUGACAUCCAGUUGCUCUCAGCCUUUGACUACAUCAGAGUCUAUGCUCCAGAUUGUUCUUGUGUUGAAAAUAUCAUGGCUGUCAUGGGAGAUAACCAAAAGCUGUUUGCAGGGUUGUACUAUAUGGACUCAUUGACCACGGACAUUGAGACUCUAUCUUCUGCCGUUGAAUCUUCGUCCCAAGGAUGGGACGGUGUCUAUGCUGUUUCUGUUGGAAACGAAUGGGUCAACUCCGGAGAUUAUUCCGUCUCGCAGGUCUCCGCUGCUGUUUCUAGUGCCAGAUCUGCUCUUUCCGACAAAGGCUAUUCAGGAUAUGUGGUUUCCGUGGACACGCUUGUUGCUGUUCAGGAUAACACUGAUCUUUGUGAUGUUUCAGAUUUCAUUGCCGUUAACUCGCAUCCCUUCUGGGACGGAAAUGUUCUACCAGAGGACUCUGGUACCUUCUUGAAGACCCAAAUCGCCAACAUCUACAAGGCAUGUGGGUCAUCCAAGGAUGUGUUGAUCUGCGAAACCGGCUGGCCAACCCAGGGUGACACUUACGGAGUUGCUGUUCCUUCUAAAGAAAAUCAGCUCACUGCCAUUAAGGCAAUUGUUGAAGAAGUCGGGGACCAGGUGCUCAUGUUCACCACCUACAACGACUACUGGAAGGACGGUGGAUCUUAUGGAGUGGAAAAAUACUGGGGUAUUUUCGAAUAG